AUGCAGCGUUUCCCAAAGAACACUGCAAUUAUUCUUUUGUUUACAGAUCGAGACUUCUGCACCUCUACUGGAGCAUCCUCAUCCUAUACAGCUAGAUCUUGUUUUGCUGCUAACAAGGGUCUGGUGAUGGUCACAUUUUACAACUACUUCGUGAAGUAUGGAGCCGAGGCCAGCGUGAUCAACGUUGCAGAACACAUUUAUCACAUUAGGAAUUUAAUUGGAGUGGACCACAUUGGAGUUGGUGGAGACUUCGACGGCAUUAACAAAACCCCUCGAGGACUCGAGGACGUUUCCAGGUAUCCAGAGUUGUUUGCAGAGCUUCUUCGAAGCGGAAAAUGGACUGUACUUGAUCUCAAAAAAGUAGCCGGGUUAAAUCUAUUGAGAAUUUUGCGGCAGGUUUGUAAAUAA